AUGAGUAACAUCUCGGCAUUGGCAUCUGAGUUUGUGCUGCACUGUGCUAUUGAUUCUCAGCAGAAGAGCUACACCAUCCCUGCCCUCAUCUUUGUCUACCUAGUGACGAUCUUUGGAAAUGUGCUGGUGAUACUAGUCAUUAAGAUGAAUCACCAGCUCCAUACUCCCAUGUUUUACUGCAUUGGGACCUUAGCCAUCAUUGACUUGGCCAACAGCACUAAUCUCAUCCCAAAAAUGCUAGCAGUUCUGCUAGAUUCUUCUAAAAUUGCAUCCGGACCAUGCAUACUUCAGAUGUUUCUAGUACUUCAUCUGGAAGCGGUGGAGUCCCUUCUGUUCACUCUGAUGGCCUGUGAUCGUUAUGUUGCUGUUGUUUAUCCACUAAGAUACCCUUCACUAAUAACAAAUAAAAUUGUUUGGGUUGGGGUCUUCAUUUCUAAUGUAGUUGUCACUUUGGCUCUUGUUCCUUAUUUGGUUUUUGUCCAUGAGCUACCUUUUUGUCGCACCAGAGUUCUUCCCUAUUGUUUUUGUGACUAUGCUACAAUGGUUAAUAUUGCAUGUACCGAAGAGCCAAAAUACUUGAUCGUUUUGACAACAACUUCUACAAUGCUCGGCAUGUGUCCUUUGAUUUUAAUUCUACUUUCCUACCUCAGGAUUGCAUAUGCAGCUCUUUCAAUUUCUUCCGUUGAUGGGAAAAAAAAAGUCUUCAGCACUCUUGGAACUCAUCUCUUGGUGGUGGGGCUUUUUUACUUACCGCUUUUAAUAUCGUACAUGUUGCCAGGGAUUGGAAUUAAGUUGUCCACUGAAGCUUAUAAUACAAUGGUAAUCGUGUCCAAUGUUGUCCCCCCUAUGAUGAACCCUUUAAUUUAUAGCUUCAGGAACAAGGAAAUCAAAGGAAGCAUACAGAGGCUGUUUAAAUGGAAAGUAACACCUGAAACUGGACAACGGUAG